UCCUUGGCACCUCGUUUUGCCCCUAUCACACGCCCCAUCAACCCUCCUAGUUGAUUGCUUAGUUUUUUUUUCUCUAUAAUAAGCGAAUGUGUUGGAUCUCGUUGCCUUUCCAUGUGCCCUCUGGUGUAUGGUGGUGAUUCGGUCAUCCAAGGAGCAAUACUUUUCCAUUCUCAUAUUGUUUUUCAAUCAUUUCAUCAUCUUCAUCUGGUUUUUGCGUUUUGCUGUGAAAAGUGUGGGCAAGUGUUGGCGAGUGAGUGUGAAUUCUUUGAAUUCGCUCGAAAAGAGAGUGACAAUUUGCGUGGAAGUAAAUGGAAUGACGUGAAAUGGUGAAUAGAAUUUCCGUCCCGAAUCAAACAGUGUCAACAGCAGGAAAAUGUUAGUGGGGGUGAAGGAAUUCCGCCACUUGUGAAUGUGUUUUUGUGUUUCUGCGUUUUGCUUUGGAAGAGCAUUGUUUUGGAUUUUUCAUCAUUGACCUGUCGACACGCGUAUGCAUACAGGCAUACGUCAGGGUGGAAGAAAAAGGGUCAACCGCUUGACGCUUGACUGAGAACGGAGAGGUGAAAACAUACAAAACAACAGCGCUGCUGAAUUAGAUUCCCGCCCCACGAUGGACGAGCGGCGGGUGGCGGAUUACUUUGUGGUGGCCGGCAUGCCGGAGAACCCAAAGCUGCUGAAGGAAAACAUCUUCAACGACUCGUCACAUCUGCGUUCGGCCGUCACGAUCGACCCGAUAACCGACAUCGGCGUGUUCUUUCCCUCGCUGGGCGAGAAGAUACCAGCCGACUAUGAGAUACUCGAGAACACACCAACCGGUCUGCUGGCCGAUCUAAACUACGGAUCGGUGCGAACCACGGCAUGUUUCUUAUACUACCGCCGGGGGAAGGAUAAGCCACCGCUUGUUGACAUCGGGGUUAUGUACGAAGGUGCCGAGCGGAUCAUGUCCGACGCCGAAAUUGUGUUGAACACUCCGGGCGACCGGCUGGCCAAUGUAAACAAUUCCUCCGCCAAAACAUUCAUCACCUUCCGCCGAGCGGACAACGACAUGCCCUGCAACGAGCUCGUCGUGACGGAUCUCUGCGUGGUGGUUCCCUCGAAGGGGGAGAAACCACCGCACGCUUUCUGUAUGAUCCACAAAACCCUGAACAAGGGCAUCAUGGGCAGCGAUGUUUACCUGUGCUACAAAAAAUCGAUGAACCGUCCCAAGCUGAUAAGCUAUCAGCCGGAAAUUUUGCACCGCUACCCCACGGUGGACCACAACGAUUUCCCGUUAAACCUGUGUCCCAGUGUGCCACUGUUUUGUUUGCCCAUGGGAACGACACUCGAAGCGUGGCCACACGUGCCCGGCGGUGACGGGAAGCAAAAACGUAAACCUAUCCAGCCUAUCUUCAGCACCUUCGUGCUUACUGUGAACGAUGGAACGUAUAAAGUGUAUGGUUCGGCCUUAACGUUCUAUGAAAACUUUGACGAAAAGCAUCUCAAUGAGCAACAGCGGGAACUGCUAGAAUGGGGGCCAGAAUCACACAAGACGCACUCGCUGCACGUGAACAAAUCCAUCUGCCUUCUGUCGAGGUGGCCUUUUGGCGAUACGUUCGAAAAAUGGCUCCAGUUUCUGCAUCAAAUCUCUAUAUUCAACGAACCCCUGCCGGUCCCAAUCGAGCGCUAUAUAACACAUCUUCUCGACGAAGUGCCAUUCCCAUCGCCCAGUAUCCUGCUGCAGUUGUCCAAUCUGAGCAACGAUCGAAUUCUGCUAACGUUGCCGGAAGAUUCUCCUCUACCCCGCAGCGGGGCUGGAUUCCGUCAAUUGCUCUCCAACCUGGGACCGGAGAAUUGCUUGCACGUGCUGUUGCUGGUGAUGACGGAGCAGAAAAUUCUAAUCCACUCGCUUCGACCCGCCACCCUGACAGCGGUCGCGGAAGCGGUGUCCUCGUUCUUGUUUCCCUUCAAGUGGCAAUGUCCGUACAUUCCACUGUGUCCACUGGGGCUUGCGGAAGUGCUACAUGCGCCGCUGCCCUACCUAAUAGGGGUCGAUUCGAGAUUCUUCGACCUGUACGAACCCCCGAGUGAUGUGACCUGUGUCGAUUUGGAUACCAACAACAUUAGCCUGUGUGAAUCCCAGAAGCAUCUGGUGACCAAAUUGCUCCCCAAGAGGGCGGCGCGUAUUCUCAAGCAAACCCUAAGAAAUCUGGAGGAACUCAGCCAAAACAAUGGCUAUGAAUCGUCGAAUAGUUUGGACCGGGACUUUAAGAAGAAAAAACGAGAACAUAAUCUCGAGCAGCGGAUACAAGAAGCGUUUCUGCAGUUCAUGGCGUCCAUUCUGAAAGGAUACCGAGACUAUCUGGUGCCGAUCUCGAAGGCUCCCACGAGUCGAGCUACCGAUCCGGAUGCUCUGUUUCAGAUGAACGCAUUUCUUCGAUCUCGAGACAAGGCACACCACAAAUUCUUUCAACUUUUGAUGAAAACUCAAAUGUUUAUCAAAUUUAUCGAGGAACGCUCUUUUGUCUCCGAUGGCGAUCACAAUUUGGCAUUUUUCGACGAGUGCGCCGAAAAGGUUUCCGCUUACGAGGACACACCAACCGAGAUUAAAUUGAUCGAUUGGGAUUCCGGUCAGAGUAGUGAGCGUACCAAAUUCAUUUUGCCACCCGAAUGUCAACCGGGACUGGACGAAAAAAGCUACCGUUAUAGUUCCUUCGUUCUGAAUCCGAUCCUGUUGAAGCAGUCCCGGCGGAGCAUGUUGAUAAGUGCCCUCCAGCAUCACAGCAGUCUGGCGCCGGGGUCACCAAUGGCACGUCGAACCAAGCAUGAGAUUAAGACAGCCCAGAAGCUUGCCCGCAAAAAUUAUGGAAAUCCGGAACUCUGGGCCAAACAUCUACUGGCUACAUGCUACUCAAUCUACUUCAUCGUUCUGCCGAGUCUGAUUAACGAGAAUGCCGGUCGCGAGCACGCUAUUCUGAAGGCAGCCUACGAUCUGCUCGGCAAAGCUAGCAAACUUAAGAUUCAGUGCGACGAAGUUUGCUACCGUAUAAUGAUGCAACUCUGUGGAAUGCAUAACUUGCCGGUUCUGGCCGUCCGGUUGCAUUAUUUGAUGAAACGUUCGGGUAUUCAACCGAACGCCCUCACGUACGGUUUUUACAAUCGUUGUGUACUGGAAGCUCAGUGGCCCUCGGAUUCGAUUCUUUCCAGCCAAAUGCGAUGGAAUCGGCUGAGAAACAUUGUGAUGGGAGCAGCCCAUUUCAAGCGCGCCGGUAAAAAGUUUGCCUCUCGUCGACGCCUCUCUCUGUCUCAGGAAAACAAUCUGAGCACACUAGAAUCGGUCGAUGGUACCUCUCGUACCAGCUUGGACUCCGGGAUCUCGCAAGCGGAACACCAGUCGUCCUCGGCAAUCGAUUUCGCACUUUUUGACAAGCUACGGGGUCGUUUGGGAGCGAUUGUGCGACAGACGGGAGCACCCCAGGAGUCCGCCAAUGUCGUUUCCAGUGCGGGUUUGCUCAUCAGUGGUGAAGGUGUGCACCUGAAGACCAGCCCCAAGGAAAGGCAAGCUUUCAAACCACCCUCCUCGAGUCCGUGUGAUCUAAGCCCACGGAUGCUUGCCCGGGCAGAUAGUUUCGCGGGAGAUUCCAAAUUUAUCGACAAGCUGCAGAGACAAGCCCUCCACUAUCCGAACGGGACAAUUGGUGACGGAUCGGCGGGAAAUGUGAAGCGGUCGUUGGAUUUUCAUAGCGAAAACGAGAAUAGCUCCCAGGAGGAACUGACGGAGAGCAAACCGAACUCGAAGGGAAGUCCCACAAAAGUAUCCCCGCGGACGUUGGUAACCCAAGACGACCCGCUGGGAGCACUUAACGACGACGGAAGUGACGAAGUGCUCGAAGUUCGCCAAUCGGCAGAAAAGCUAACGCUGGCGGACAAUAGCCACCAGAACAACACCAUCUACACGGACCAGCCGAUUCUGUUCAAGGGGCAACGGUCGGCCACGUUCGACGAUUCACUUCAACUGAGCAAGAGUAUGCACAGGUCGGAGACGAUGCCCGUCACCAGCUCGGUGACGUCCAGCUUCGCCAGCAUUGGGUCCACGUUGAAGUUCAAUUUUGGCCGUUACUCACCUGCACGUUUAUCCAUGAAAAAAGAUUUCAAAUCCCUGUCGACGAAUGUGAUAGAGAGCAUUUCUAGCGUCAGUCCCAGCCUGACGGGUAAGAAGUCCAACGAGAUUUUGCAGGGUGGUCUCAGCAGCAUCAAGAACGCCGCCACGUCGGUAGCGAAGAAGCUGGACGAAAUAAAGGAAGCUAUUUCGGCCAACACCACACCCGUUAAAACCGGUGGUGGAAUCAUCAGCAAUGGUAACGGCCUUGAACGGGAGGGUCACGGCUCGGAAAGUGAUUUGCUGAACGAAGAUGGUAGCAACGGGAACGGGAACCGAUCGCGACGAGUAUCCAGUGAGUUCGAUCUGUGGGGCCGAUUCAGCGAAUCGCGCAAGUCCAGCUAUAACAAUUUGGUUCCCCUGGGCGAGAACACAACGUCGAGCAAUAGCUUGAACACAUAUCCCACGCUACCGGACAAUAUAUAUCCGUCGAUGCCGGAACUAUCCGAGCCCAGCGAGUCGGACUUUGUGAUCCAGAUCACGUCCUGCUCGCAGUGUCACAACUGUUCGGUCCUGCUAUACGAUGAAGAUGUGAUGGCCGGAUGGUCAGCGGAGGACUCAAACCUCAACACCAGCUGUCAUGCCUGCGGCAAAGUGACGGUACCAUUCCUCAACGUGCACAUCAUCUCGGAAGAGCAACGACUAGCUCAGUCGGCGGCCAAGCAGCAACAAGGGGCCGGUGAUGCCAUCAGUGUGCCAUAUCUAAACCCGCUGGUACUGCGCAAGGAGCUGGAGAACAUUCUUGGCGAGGAAGGCGACCUCGCGUUGGCGAAGGGAAGCUUUGUUGAGGAUCAUCCCAUCAUCUACUGGAACCUGGUGUGGUUCAUGGAGCGAAUCGAUGUCAGCACGCAUUUACCAAAUCUCUGCCUACCCAAAAAGGAAGGAGAGAAUGUGGAUCCAUUGAGUACUCUGAAGACCGUUUCGGUUCACUGUCUAUGGGACAACCCACGGCUGCACUCGGAAGCAGGGCCAGCGAUGUAUAUGCUGUGGAGACAAAAUCAGCCGGCUAGUCCGCUACUGAAAGCGCUACUCACCGAUCAAACAUCGAUUAAUCGAGCUGUCAUGCAACAAGUGAUCGCAUCGAUUCGUUGCAACGAUUUACUGACCCCAGUCAAACGGUUAGCUAACGAGCGCCACAAGCUUAAACACCGGGGCGUCGAUCGCACCCACUCAAUCUACCGUGACAUUCUGUUCCUGGCAUUUAUCGCGAUCGGUCGCCCAAACAUCGAUCUCAUUUCCUUCCAUCGGGAGUACGCAGCGGUGUUCGACAAACUGACCGAGAAGGAGUGCAACACCUUCUACCGGAGCCAAGAUUUGCCCCCUUCAUCGUCCGCUAUAUUCUGUCGAGCCUACUUCAGACCGCUAAUGCUACCCUGACCACAGCCGAAGCGGGGCGACUUUAGUGGAUAUGGACUGAGCACUUUGAUGCCACUAAGAAACGGUACCAGGUAGUUCGAGAGGGGCGGUCGUAUCGCUAAGAGCGUCGAGUUACCUUCACCCGUUAGGUAAGUCGCCGGCAGACUUUACAUUUUAGAAAUUUUAAAAUAAAACCUCCCUAUGGACAACAAUAAAAAUUAGUAGAUAGAGAAUUUCCCCCCUUUAUGAUAGCGAAACUUCGCAACUCAUCGCGUAACCAAUGAAAAAAAGGCGACAAACCAUCUUUAUAGUGAGCAUAAAAUUAUUCUACUUACACUACAAAAUAUUCUGUGCUCCCUUCCGCCGCUUCUUUCGCCGUAGGAACGGUUCGUUGAAGAACAACGAAAUUAGUUUUUCAAGCUAGCUCAACUGUGGGGACAGUCUUAGUUAUGAACUAGCAGCCCGACAGCAAACCAUCACAAGCUAUAUUACCGAGAUGUCUACCGACAGAUCGGUAGCAACGUAUUAUUAAUCAAACGAGUAGAGCAAAAUGUCCGUUCCGAAGAAAUUUGUGAUAAAAACAGAGAGAAACAAACAGAACAAGAAGUAUGCGAUUUGUUGUUUUUGCUGUAGGAAUCUUUUUAUCUGCUUCCGAUGGUAAUGCAACAACUCUACACACGCAUAUAAAUAGGUAUACAUAACGUUUUGCAGUUCACCCUUAUCUCUGUGAGCAGUGAUCUUGACCCGUCGUUCUUCGUUUCCAUUCAUCAUUACUUUUUUUUAAAUUCACGUUUUACUGUAUAAGAGCAGAUUAUUUAGGUGUUAGUAGGUAUUGUAGUGUUAUAAAAUGGUUAAUCACAGCCACCUCGUGUUAGAAAAGAAACAGGAAAGAGACAACACAAGAAGAACUAUUGAGAGAUAUAUAAAAUAUUCUAUUUACUCUGUAUUUGAUGUACUCUUUCUUUGGGUUGUUAUAGCUUUCGUUUUUUUUUGUAAGUGGUACAAGGAGUCGGUGAAUGUUAUUUUUGUGAGAAGAACGACAAUGAACUGACUUUGACGAAAGUAUAAAACUCUAGAAUAAAUACUACGGAAAAGGA